UGCCCAAGAUGGAUAACAAGGAUAUGCAAUACAGCAGUUCAUACGGCUUUUCACACCGCAGUGCAGUUAGGCUUUGAUUGCGGGGAGUUCCGCGAUAACCGAGUUUCCAGCGAGGUCACUGAAGGCGGCGUGGAGUAAAUCUGUGACGUCACGCUAGGCGAGACCGAGCCAGAAGAGGAGGAGAGGGAAAAGGCUGCCUGUCUGGAAAAAAAAACAUGUCAUGUAACGGUACUCGGCAGCAUUCAAAACCGGCUGGCAGCAAGUCCCAUCCAUCACGUGGUGGGGAAGGACUCCCCUCCAUAAAAUGGACAAAGCAGGAGCCAUGAGUACAGCAGGCAAAGUUAGUGGGCUUAAGCCUCCCACUAAAAUAGGCCGUCCACCUGUAGUGCCCAUAAAGACCACCCCGUCCUCAGGAACUCCAAAACCGUCUGAGAAGCCCCCCGGCGGUGGCGUCACCUCCCCCGACCAGGAUGGCGUCGCUGACUUCCAGAUGGGGGAGCGGGUCUGGAUCAACGGCAACAAGCCCGGCCACGUCCAGUUCGUGGGCAGCACGCAGUUUGCCCCGGGCCAGUGGGCGGGCAUCGUGCUGGACGAGCCCAUUGGCAAGAACGACGGCUCAGUGGCGGGCGUGCGCUACUUCCAGUGUGAUGACGGCAGGGGGAUUUUCACGCGGCCCCCCAAGCUGUCCAGGACGCCCCUGCCGGAGAAGGAGGCCAACGGGGGCCAGGCCAAGCUCACUCAAGCGGGAAGCGAGGCCGCGCCUGUUGGGACGCCGUCAACGGGGAGCGUCGAAAACUUACGGAAUGGUCCUCCCGGCGGCAGGAUAACUGGCGUGCUGAAUCGAACUGUCCAAUCCACUGAGUCGAUGUCCAACCUGUCUGACACGGAUUCCGUGAAGAAGAGCAAGCGGGAGCUCAGGAGAGGAGAUCGCGUCCUGGUGGGCGGGACCAAGGCGGGAGUGGUGCGCUUCCUGGGCGAGACGGACUUCGCCAAAGGGGAUUGGUGCGGCGUGGAGUUGGAUGAGCCUCUGGGCAAGAACGAUGGGGCAGUAGCGGGCACCAGGUACUUCCAGUGCAUGCCGCGGUACGGCCUCUUUGCCCCCGUCCACAAGGUGACGCGCAUCGGCUUCCCGUGCACCACGCCGACCAAAGCCAGGAGCUCCCGCCGGAGGUCCCUCCUAAAGAGGAGCCCGAGCGCCUCCUCCAUCAGCUCCAUCAGCUCCACAGCCUCCUCCGUCAGUGGCAAACCCAGCCGAGCGGGACUGUUGACGGAGACGUCGGCCAGGUACGCUCGCAAAAUCUCGGGCACCACGGCGCUGCAGGAAGCGCUCAAGGAGAAGCAGCAGCACAUCGAGCAACUGCUAGCCGAGCGCGACCUGGAGCGCUGUGAGGUGGCCAAGGCCACCAGCCACGCUGGGGAGGUGCAGCAGGAGCUGACCCUGCUAAGGAAGGGCCGUGACCAGUACGCUAUGGAGACGGAGUCCAAGCUGGACCAGCUGAGGUCCAUGGUGGAAGCAGCCGACCGGGACAAAGUGGAGCUGCUCAACCAGCUGGAAGAGGAGCGGAGGAAAGUAGAAGACCUGCAGUUUCGCGUGGAGGAGGCGUGCAUCACCAAAGGUGACCUGGAGACGCAGAUCCGCCUGGAGCACGCCUGUAUUAAGGAGCUUGAGCAGAGCCUGCUCUUUGAAAAGACCAAAGCUGACAAACUCCAGCGGGAUUUAGAGGACACCAGGGUGGCCACGGUGUCGGAGCGUUCGCGCAUCAUGGAGCUGGAGCGGGAGGUGUCGGACCUGCAGCUGCGUUUGCGGGCUUCUUUGCAGAAGGAGGACGCGGCGUCUCUCUCCCAGCAGCAGCUGGCCAGCCUCAAGGCCCAAGCCCAGUCCCAGGAGAAGAAGAUUAGUGAGCUGAGCGUGAACCUGGAGCGCAAAGACAAGGAGCUUAGGUCCAUGCACGACGAUAAGGACUCUCUGCAACAGCAGUUGAGCGGCUUGAGACUACAGCAUCAGCAGGCCAAGCAGGAGAGCGCCAGGAUGGCAAAGGCCGCGCAAGAAGCGGAGCAGUGGAAGAAGGAAUUCCAGGCACUGAAAGAGGCGAGCCAGUGUCGAGAACAAGAACUCAACGCCCGCCUGACUCGGGCCAUCGAGACGUCGGAUGGGACGUCGCUGUCCCUGGAGAAGCUGACCAAUGAGAAGAAAGCACUGGAGACGCAGUUGGACGCGCUGAAGCAGCAGAAUUGCAAAUACCAAGAGGAGCUGAGUCUCGCUCAGGAGCAGCAGCACCUCGGCCGCAAGGACAUAGAGAUGUCCAUUGAGGACUCUGGCGUCCAGGACUCUAGGGGCGUGGUCGCUAACGACAAAGAGCGCGAGCUGGAGACACUGAGGAACGAGGUGGCGGCGUUGCGGGGCCAGAACGCCGUGGCCGAGACGCUGCGUGCGGCCGUGGCCACGCUGGAGCACGACAAAGCUCAGCUGAGCGAGCGCGUCAGCGACCUGGAGCGAAGGCUCAUGGGACGGUCGGCCUCGGAGGACGGCGAGCAAGAGGAGGCGCUCUCAGGCGACAAGGCUCUGGAGAAGCUCAGGGAGGAGAAAGAGUUCGCUGAGGGUCAGAUCAACUUCCUGAACAGCGUCAUCGUCGACUUGCAGCGAAAGAACGAAGAGCUGAAGAUCAAACUGAAGAAGCUGGCCUUGACGGAGUUCAUCGGCAAUGACGGCACGGAAGGUGUGGAGCUGGCAGAGUCCAAGCGUGACAAGAAGGCUCCGCCGCGCCCCUUCUGCGACAUCUGCGACCGCUUCGACCUGCACGACACGGAAGACUGCCCCACGCAGGCGCAGAGUCCUGACGCUGUGCCGCACUCUAGCUACCGCGGCCACCGUGACAACGAGCGGCCCUACUGCGAUGUCUGCGAGGUCUUCGGCCACGCCACAGAGUCUUGCAAUGACGACCGCACCUUCUAGACCUCUUCUUUCCCAGAUGCGAAAUCCCACCGCUCCCAAUACGCUGCCACGGUGCAAUACUGAUGUAAGUAUUUGACGGCGGCCGUUAAUUUGCAAACAUUCCUGUUGUGCUACUAACCAAUUACAUCACCUCACGUUUGACAUCAUCGGACUUUGCUGCCUCGCUCCGCCAACACGUAAUGAAGAAAACUCAAAUCUGUGUCGUGUACAAGAUUCGAAUUUUGUAGCAGUCAGACUAAAUCAUAAUUUGGCGUUCCACUUUGAAGGAACCUUGGAAAUGGCCAAAAUAACCUUAAAAUGGCUGCUUCAAACCAAAAUGGCAGACUUCCUUCCUCUUUUCAGUGACGGGUUCUUGAGACUUUUUGGUACUAAUCAUGAUAGACAUGCCUACCAUAUUUCAUGUCGAUAAGUGAUUUUUUUUGUGGGUCUACUCAUGAUAGACCUGUCUACCAAAUUUUGCAGGCCUAAAGCAUACUGUGUUCUGGGCUGAAUUUUCACAAAGAUAUUCAUGUUUAGGAUGAGUCAUCAAAAUUCACCGCCAUGGUCUGCCCACACGAAUUGACAAAAACGCCAACAUUUCGUACUUUAAUUUCAUUCAUCUGUUUAGGAGAGAAGGUUGAAAUUUGGUAGCUAUUGGACUAAAUGUUGAGGAUUAAUUGUUCUUUGAAGGGUAAACAACCCACCUCGUUUUUAUGCACUUCCAUAACAUUUGUCUCCAUUUUUGUAAUUAUUUAAUUUGCGUCAAGUGCACAUUUAGGAAAAAUUGCAAAGCUUAUCAACGAAUCUGAUGCAUUAUUUACGUCAAUGAUUUUAUUUGUUUUUUAAUACUCAAGUUUAUAUUAUGCUUUUUAUUUUUUAAAGAAAUAAACUAGCUAUGCUAAGCUAUUCUGGCUCUUUAACCCCGUUUUAGCAUUGACACUUUUAAUAAGGAUUUUUGUCGUUCUUAAACUGUUUCCAGUUGUUGUGAACAAACAUUGCAUUUCGUGGACAUCCUCAGCGACAUAAGCUAGCUAGCGCGGUUUUGUUCUCCUGUAGCAGCUCUACGAACUCGCCGUCUUCGCACUAUUCAUUUUAACCACUCUAAACGGUAUCAACGCGGUGUUUGCGACCUUUUGGUCGGAAGAAUACAUUUCAAAUGCAAUCACCAUCCUAAUGAUUACUAUAUGAAACUGUGGUCUUUUAGUUUAUUUUUUAGCACAAAGUUUGGCUCUUUUGCUAAGCUAAUGUUAGCACAAAGCCUGGGGCGGGAAAAAAAGUGAAUCUAUCCAUUUAGCAUUAUCAUAAAGCACAGCCGAUUAGCAUAUCUUCUCGGAAAUGGAUACCUGCGAGUUAACUUGCCUGGAAAGUUUUCUUACUCACUCACACAAAAAUCUUUUAAUUCCUGCUUUCACGGUAAACUAAACGGUGUCCUUAGCGUUGUCUUAUGCUAACAGAAAGAUUUCCCCAACAUAUCAAUGUCGUCGUGAAGCACAACUUUUUGGGAUCAUAUUGAAUCUCCGGGUGUUUUUAUUAUCCACAAUAUGACUCACGUGUUGAAAAAUUGUAUAUAAUACAGAUAAGAAGCUUAUGAGACCAAUGUGCGCACACUGCCAUCAUGCAGCUUAAGUGUAUAAAAUGCUUAUUUUUCUGCCCUGUUAAUAAGAUGCACUCCCGCCUAUUGUACAGGAAAAAAAACGUGUGCUCUUUGUACGUGAUGCAUUCAUGUUUUAUAUGUGACCAGCAUUUCUAUGGAUGUGUUGUCAAAUGUCCUUUUUUCUAUGUACUUUACAUGUACUCUUUUAACAGUCCAAUACAAACAGCAAGUCCACUCUU